GGCGGCCAAGAUGGCGGCGGCCGGGUGAGCGGCCAGGAGAUCCAGCAGCGCAUGCGCCGGGCGCUGGCCGCCCUGGUCGCCUCUCCCAUCCCUGUUCCCCCGCCGGCACCCCAAAAUGAUUCUGGGGGUUUACGGCCAGCGAACCGCGACGUUCCUACACGUCCUCUGCUGCCUAUGGGCCAUCUUCGCCAUCGUCGGGUAUCUAGGGCUGCCCCAGUCCGCCCGCAGGGAAAAAGAAACCACCUACGGGGGCCACUGGAAACAUCUGACCUUCCUUAACCAGGUUUUACAGGCAAUGCUGUUUGUAUUGUGCGUCGUCAUUGAUUUUGUACAUCUCUGCUCCCCUUAUCAUGAGACGUUAUCAGCUCUAUUGGUGCCUGUCAGGGAUUUCAUCUUCUCAGUAUUUGUGUUCCCUGUUGGCUUAUUUGUAGCUGUUGUUUUCUGGGGUCUCUAUGCAUAUGAUCGAGAACUUGUGUACCCUAGGGAGCUGGAUGAAGUUAAUCCAAUAUGGCUUAAUCAUUCUAUGCAUACUACAAUCCUGCCGCUGCUUUUCAUAGAGCUUGUAAUAUGCCCACACAAAUAUGUCCAUAAUGCAAAUGGGAUUUUGGGACUUUCAGUCUUCACAGUUACAUACCUCUGCUGGAUAUCGUGGGUACACUAUAUGUCUGGGAUUUGGGCAUAUCCAGUUUUGGAAGUGCUCAGUAUGCCUGGAAAACUAGUAUUUUUCUCCAUCGCCUACGGUAUAGUGAUAACGUUCUAUUUCCUUGGGUUUCUGCUAACAAAAAGGUUAUGGGCAAGACGCAGAAGACAGUGAUAAGGUAGAUCCUGGAAAAGAUGUAAGGUCAUUAAAAGUGCAAGCUCGCUUUUGGAAUAGAAUUCAACUGUAAUCAAAAUGAAAGCAUUCGUCACAACUGCUUCUUGAUCUGUUAUUCAAAAGUAGCCAUUUUUUCAGGUACAUAGUUCAGAGUUGAAGAGCCAUCAAUGCAGAAGGAGAAAAAGUAGACUAAUAAUGUUUCUAGAAAUAUACUAUUUCUGUAGGUAAGAAAAAUGGGUUUAUUUAAACGAAACACAUACGUAUGCAUAAAUGCUCAUCUAUAAGAGUGCAUAUUAUACAUAGCACAUUUGUAAACAAAAAUAGUAGAAAGCAUAAGAAUUGUCUUGCUGGAUCAGGUGACAAUCUGUUGAGUGUACCAUCCUGUUCAAACAAUCCUCAUGCUUUAGCUGGCACUGAGAGCCUGCCUGGAUUUAAAGAUGGGUCAGCCACGCUGAGAGCCAACGUUGUAUAGUGGUUAACAGCAGGUGGAUUCUAAUCUGGAGAACCGGGUUUGAUUCCCCACUCCUCCACCUGAGUGGCAGAGACUUAUCUGGUGAACCAG